AGUCUCUCCUCUUCAUUCAGAGAGAGAGGGAGAGUAGGCUGUGUUCCAUGAUUGGCAGGCAGACGACCAUGGGACAGCGGAGUGUUAUUUAGGGUCUGUAGUAGACUAUUUGUGUUGGACUAAACUGUGAGCUUACUGCGCUGUCACUGACACAGAGAUGGAUAGAGAGCAUUUUCUGUGUGCCAUGACUGGCAAGCUGACGACUGUGGGACAUCGGAGCAUUUAUACAAGGAGCCUAUCUGAGUGUGUCUGAACUGUACUGAACUGUGAUCUCUUGUCAUCACCAUGAAGGACCCGUGCCGAGUUUGCGGCGUGCGCCUCAUUGGCAGCCAGUGCCGCUGGAUCUUCAACCCGUUGGGCAAGCGCCAGCUCCAGGUCAUCCUGUCCCACGUGCUGGGGCGCCAGGUCGACCGCGACCCUGACGGCCAGGCCUCAGAGUUCCUGUGCGGCAAGUGUGUGUUCACACUGGAGCGCGUGGUGCAGUGCGAUGUGCAGAUAGGCAGGCUGCAGGAGGAGCACGCCACUCUGGUGCAGCAGCUGCAGCAGGAGAGGGAGCACCUGAAGGAGUGUGUGGCCCAUGUCUACGGACGCCAUAACCCCUUGCCUAAGAGGCCUGAUGUGGGGGAAGAGAACAAUGUUAAGGUCCCCCUCUGGAGGUCCUCUGAAGGUGGGGGAAGCCCAGAGGAUUACGGGGGAGGGCAGUGUACGUCAGAGGGGCAGACCAAGGAAGGCGCGGGGGAGAGGGAUGGUCGGGGGAGGCGCUCUGUGAGUAUGGACCUCCUGGGUGGACCGAGUGGUCCAGGGGGAGUCACAGGUCGGUCAAGCUCAGUCCCCAGGAGGGUGCAAGCAGGGACAGAUCUUUGCCCGGUGUGCCAGGUGAAGAACCCCUGGCUACAGUCAUCACGGCUCCGCUCCAGGAGCCUGAUCUACCUGGACCUGGUCUACCGCAAGGGUACUCUCACCUCUCCCGGCCCCAGGCUCCGCUCAGCCUCGCUCCAGUCCAUCAAUCUUGACCCCCCUCAACAAACAGAACCCCUGUGCCCCCUGCCACAGAGACAGCACAGAGAGUCGAAGAUACCAUUGAGGGAGCGUUCGUCCUCAGUUGGCCCAGCUACCAGCACUACCACACCCCAGAGAGCCCAGCCUUCCAUCAUCUCUGACCUGCUGCAGCUGCUGCGCUCCAUCCCCAGACUACCAGUGCCAGGUGCCCCCGGAAGCCGCAUCCCCAUACUGCGUAGGAGGCCCUGCGACGGACAGCCACUCCCCCCAAGACGCAGCCUCACCCCUUGGGCCUGGCACAGACUGAGGGAGGCAGAGUGGAGGUCCCUCCAGGACCUCACUGAGGAGUUUAAUGAUGAUUACAUGCCGCUCAGAGUCGAGGGUUUCACUGAGCAUCAGAGUGAAGUGAGCAGACUGAAGACAGCCCACAGGCAGCUGAGUGAGGAGAUGAACCAGUUCAGAGCAGCCAACCAGAACCUCUCCAAGACCCUGGAGGACACCCAGAACAACAACAAGGUGCUGUCUGGUAAACUGGAGAACACUGAGAACGAGCUCACCUCUGAGAAAAAGAACACUCUGAAACAAGACAAAACCAUCCAGGGACUCACUCUGCUGCUCAAGGAGAAAGAAAAAGAGGGUGUGGAGGAGCACCAGAACCUUUUGAUGGAGAAGCAGGAGGAGCUGGCCCAGCUCCAAGGGGAGCACCAAACCAAGCUGCUGGAGGCCCAGAAGCUGCAGCGCUCCCUGGGUAGGCAGAAGCAGGAGCUGUCCGACCUGCAGCAGGCCAAGGAGCAGCUGGACCAGGAGCUGGAGGAGUUGCAGCAGCAGAAGGUCGACAAGGCCCUCAAUGAGGUGCAGAACCAGCUGAAGAAACUGACCGGGGAGCUGGGCGAGAGGGAGAGCAGCCUGAAGCAGCAGUACCAGGAGCUGCUGGAGCAGACCAAGAGGAGGCUGCAGGGCCAUGAGGUCACCAUCCAGCGCCUCACCACUUGCCUGACCGACAAGGAGCAGCAGCUGCAGGAGUACAUGAACAUAACGAGAGACAUGGAACAGAGCAGAAGUCCUGGGGGAAACGACACCAUGCUGUCGAAGCUACGAGAACAACUGAAACAGAAAGAGAAGGCUCUGGAGGAAGCGCUGGAUGAUAAGUUUGCGGCUCUAGAAGAGAAAGACAACGAGAUCCACCAGCUGCACCUGUCACUCAGGGAGAAGGCGAGGGACCUGGAGAGACUCAACAAACUGCUGUCUUACAAUGAGGACACCAUCAAUAGUUUUGACACGUUGAUAAAGGAGAAGGACAUGGAGCUACAGUACCUUAUGAACAUGCUGAAAAACCUGCAGCAGGCCAAGCAGGACGUGGAGGACAACCUGAACUGGGCCUGCAAGGAGAAGGAUGCCAUCAUUAGCCAGCUGCAGCUCUGCCUGGAGUGCAAGACCAAGGACAUGGAGGAGAUGGCGAAUGCCUUGCUUAGUCAGUCCCAGUCUCAGGCCUGUGACCUUGCAGAGCAGAUGGGUCAGAGGUUAAAGGUGACAGAGGCCAUGCUGGCAGAGGCAGUCAAGGCCCGGGAGAGGCUGGUGGAGAACAACAGGAGCACUGUGGAGGGCUUGCUGUCCACCAUCAGCAGCAACGACCAGCUGCUCAAUGAGUCAGCGGAGCACUAUAACCGCACACUGUCUGAGCGCACCCAGGAGAUCCAGGAGCUGAAGCGACAGCUGUUUGUCCGGCAGCAGCAGCUGGCCUUGGCAGAGAAACAGAGUUCUGAGGCAACACAGGAGGGUUACCUGGAGACUGCCGAGCUCAGGGCCCUGCUGACGGAGAAGGACUCCAUCAUCAACAAACUUCUGGAGCGUGGGCAGGAGAGAGACCAGUUCCUGGCUGAGUUAGGGCAGAAGGAGCCUGCACCGCCCCAGGUGAUGGAGAUCAGACAGACCAUCAAAGUUCUGCAGGAGAGGCUGGAGGAGAGGGAAGCGCAGCUCUCCAAGAAGAACAACGAGGACAACAUGGAGAAGGUCCCUCUCGCCAAGAAUACUCUGGUCAUCCUGAAGAAGGAGCUAGCUCAGAAGACUGAUGCUCUCAACAAGGCUCUGAAGAGGGAGAAUGACCUCAAAGUAAACUAAAAGAACACACGAACACCCCUGCUCAUUCAAGAUGUCCCUAGCUGAUCAUCGAGUCAGUGUUGUCAGAGCUGAAGGAGCGUAUCGAGGUCCAGGUGGUCAGUAUAGACUCCCUCACCACCACCCUUGGGACCAAAGACAAGAUUAUAAAUGAGUGGACGGCCAGUGGCAUCUUCACACACUGCUACUAAUCAACACACACUCAUACACACAUUCAAACAGGCUCAUUAGGUUCACUUGGGUUCACGGGUAGCUGUCAUAGGGUUAAUCCCUUUGACUAACAUUGAACUGAACUUAUCCAUCACCACCUGUUCUACUCUUGAGCGUGGCUUUAAAGUUGAAACCAUGUAUUGCAUUCGUUAUAAAUUGUAAAAGGAACAUGUUUGGACAAUACAUUUACUUCAAUACGUUUGUUUUUUCAACCCUUUAAGGGCACGUUUUAAUUUGCUGUUACCGGCCUACACACAAUACCCCCAUAAUGUCAAAGUGGAAUUAUGUUCUUAGAAAUGUUUACUAAUUAAUUAAAAAGGAAAAACAACUUGCAGACUUGUUUACGUG